GCUUGUGUUGUAAAGGUCCUCCUUAUGAUAGACGCAGAUAUUUCUGAAGCUGAAUUUUGUUUAUUGCCUGGCUUAUGCUACAUUCUUCCGUCUGUUUGACAACCAGUGGGAUAUUCUGUUAAUCCGGAUUCACUCAAACACUAGAUAUAUUUCUUAUCAAAUGAGCUUUACUACUGACUGAUGACUGAAUGGUUUUCACUUGCAUUAAGAUCAUUUCUAAAAUUGAUAAGUUACAGCAUGCAACCACCGGUUUCACGUGGUUCAAGACUUUCAUGGAAAUUUCUACAAGUAUCUUAAAAUUGUUUACAAGCAUAGAACCGCUGUGUAUCAUAUUAUGUUGUUGAAAUGUUUAAAUGAUCUCUAUCUACCGUUCAAGCAGCGAAACAUUAGAAAAAUAUCACCUUGGUUGUCUGAAGUGCGACAAAUUCUUAAUUACUUCAUAUGUUUUCACGUCACUUGCUGCUUCUGAAAUGACACUUUAUGCACUCUUCUGGAAUAUUCAGUAGUAUUUUGACAGGAAUAAGCUUGCUGAUUAUAUUAAGCUGUGAUAGAUACCCAGCUCUUUUUUAAAAAAAGCAAGUCCUUGACGUUUCACCUACCUUUUAGAAAGCAAAUCUACAAGAGCCGGUCAGGUAUAUUUUCGUCAUAAUAUUUAUUAAGUAUAUUCAGGCCUUUCAUGAGUUAUUAGAAAAUGGUGCUUUUAACAACUCAAGAAAGAAUGAGACAGAACCAAGAAGAGCAGGUUCGAGAUGUCAGUGCAAUUCAGUGCCCUAAAGGACAACUUCCGAUUUGCAAUCUAGGGGCUGCUUGUAAUAACUGUUCAGAUGGCACCAUGAUGAGGCCAAACAGCGUUGCUUCCAGUACACAGAGACCAAAAGGGGUCUACAUUCCAAGCGAACAGUUCAGAUCAAGAUACUUAAGGUAUUUGUCCUCACAGUCUAAUCUUACUGGUAGUUCUGAGUCAACAUCUGAAAAAAAGGGGACUCAGCAGUUUAUCCUGAUGAGCUCUAUUUAUGCUCAAUUGCUGGUAGUCAUAUGUGUGGUCUUUUUUACGUCAGAGAUUGUAACCCCCAGGGUGCCACUCUUCUAUUUUGAGGGUUUCUAUGUGUUCCUGUAUUCAGUGAGCCUUCUGUUUCUUCUUUAUGUAUAUACAUACUUAUUGAGAGAACCUACAACAAAGCCUGCUAGGAAACUCAACAUAAUUGAAGGCCUUAAGCUCCGAAUUGGGGACAAGGGACUUAAAAAGGAGAUCUCUGAUCCAAAUCUCACAACGCCUGCCAAUCCACACUUGCAACGAGUGAAAAAGCACCGAAUAUCUGAAAAUGAUCGAAGCCAUGGUAGCCUUUUCCUCAGAAUCGGAGCCAUUGCCUUUGGACUCGGUACUAUGGUAUACAAUGGCUUGGAGUUUGGAUCAUUUUUUGAAAUACCAUCUUCUUCGCCAUGCUAUAGUAUUCUCUUAGGCAUCAAUCCUGUGCUACAGAUGAUGUUUACGUUCGCACAGAUGUAUUUCAUUUUUGCUAAUGCUAGGUUAAAUAUUCACAAAUUCAAAGUCCUUGCACGGUUUGGACUGAUGCAUGUUGUAGCCACUAAUAUCUGCGUUUGGAUUCGCACAGUUGGAAAAGAAACUCUUCAGGAAAUCGUAAAGCACCAUCUUUCGCAAGAGCGAGGUCAUCCUAGUAGUUUAGAAGAAUUAAUAUUGCCUUUUAGAGAAAAUUAUAUUAAAAACAACAGCAAUCCGUGUCAAAAGCAAGACAUUAUGGGAUCCAUCGUAUCUGAUUCGUCGCCUUUUCUUUUCCCAUUCAUUGUCGAAUAUAGUUUGAUUGGCGCUGCGGUAUUAUACGUCAUGUGGAAGAACAUAGGUAAAGAUCCUGUUUUUCAUGGAAAUGCAGAAUAUGAAGAUGGUUUGUCAAGAGCAUCCAGUGUGCAAACCUUACCUAAAAUGAAUUGUGCUGGCUCAAGUAAAGGAUUGUUUUUUGGUCUCCUUAUUUUGGUCAUUGCUACAAUUUGCCUCAUUGUUUUCUUUGUUCUAAUAGAAAAUGAACAUUAUAGUUUGCUGGCUAUAUUUCUCUCAGAUGUUUCCCACAGCGCAAUUAUGGUGAUGACCAUAUUCACUAUCAUCGUAGGAUUUUUCCGUAUCAAGCAACUCAAGUUCCAAGCUGAUCGCACAGAUCAUUUGCGAGACAUCCUGCUCACUGUUGCAGCGUAUGGUUUGUACGUAUAUGCUAUGUUUGGAAUCAUUGCUGGAACUCUCUCGCCUAAGGACUACGUUCCAAACUUGUUAGUGAUGGUCACUAGCUGCCUCACAAUUGUUCAAGUCACUUUACAGUCAUUGUUCGUAGCUGAAAUAACUUGCAGAACGACUUACCUACCAGAACACGAUCAGACAAAACCAGGUAGACAAGUUGUCGCCUUCUUGAUGAUGGGUAACUUAACUCUGUGGAUCAUUUAUACAUUUGAAAUGCAGAAGGCAGAAGCUAGUCCUGUGCAGCUAGGCUUUUACGGAUUUAUGGCUUGGACUGUCAUCAUAAGGGCCACGCUACCAUUGAGCAUCUUUUACCGAUUCCAUUCGUCAAUUACAUUUGCUGAAGUCUGGAAGAAUUCCUAUAAAAAUGUAUCGGCUUGAACGGUAUUGUGAAAGAAGAUUUGUACUUUCAUUGUUUUCCAUCUUUAUCCUUCACUUUAUUUCCAAAGAAGAAAGCAAGAUAAAUACAUUUACAAGUAUUACAAUGAAUCCUAAUUUAAUUCAUUACGUGCGUGUACUUUAUGCACAAAUUUAGAGCAUGCAGUAAUUGAAACACUGCUGUCCUAUAUUUAAGAUAAACUCUGUUAUAAGCAGUGACUCGAAGAUGUAUGAAAGGUCUGAGACAUUUAGCAAAUAUUUAUAUCGGUCAGUACACUUUCAUUAUAUGUCUGUUUUCUUGCACCAACAAGAUAAUUGACUUUAACAUUCAUAUGAGAUUUGAAAAGCGUUUAUAUUGUCGAUAUUUAGUUGUUUAAAUAAUUUAUUUCUAGAGAAGCAGCUGAACUUUAAGGAGAGCAAAAGUCAUUUAUUAGAAAAUUCAUUCAGUAGUCUUUGCAGUUAGGAAUUUAUAAGGUGCAUCAGAUUUUUACUUAUUCCUUAAAAAUUCUAUUUUCUAAAAAAUAUAAAAUACAAAAUAAUUCUGAAGCAAAUUUUUUAUUUAAUUUAAAUAACUAUUAUGUUAUCAUAUUACAAACUUACUAGUUCUUCUACUGUUUGUGAAAUUUAAACUAUAUCAAGAUGUUGCUUUGAACAUUUAUCUGGAUUAGAGAAGUAAAGUGUGAAACAGAAGUUUUAUUAAAUUUUUGAAUGUCAUUAAUUUAAUAUUCAUAGCACGGUUUUUUAGAAGUGUUAUUAUUGUAUAAACGAUGAUCUGAAGAAUGUUUAUAAUGACAUCACGUUGAAGUGUCAUACGUAUGUUUUUGUACUGUGCCAUUUCUUUCAUGCUUUAUCUAUUGUCGACGUUAUGUUUAAAAGCUUGAUUUUGAAUUUUCUAACAGUGUUAGGGUACAAGCCCCAUAACACUUUCAGCCCUUUUAUUUUUACUCUAUGGUGCUGUUCACUGGGCUGAAAUAUUUUAGAUACACUGUGCUUCGAAUUUCUGCAAGUUUUUAUUUAAAUUAAAUUUUCAGAAACCGCAUCAGAUCAUACAUUUUACAAACUCAUUGUUAGAUUGUGAUGCAUGCUUCUGAUUAAAUUUACAACAAAUCAGGUGUCAAACAAAUGCAUUUAUUAAUGAAAAAUUAUUGCGUUAAUCACUUAACUUUUACAGCCACGGAAAUACUUCCAGCUGAUUAUGGAAUUGUAUUGAAUAACAUAUUAUUAAGAAAGUUUCUAAAAAUGGGUUAGUUAAAAAAUAAAAAGUGUCAAAAUUCUACCUGUGGAACUGCAAAAUUUCCUAUAUAAACUAUAAGUAUUCCUAUAUACACUAUAAACCCUUUUGCUGUUGUAACAGUGACAUGGCUUGUGGUUUACAUUAUACUAAUUUUAACGUAAUUUUUAUUCAAUGAAGAUUUCUGAGAUCUGUCUAAAUCGCUAGCAAUAUGUACAAAAUACUUAAAACUAUAUAAGACCUAUAAAAGAGAUUAUAAAAAAAGAAAUGAUAAAUGGAAUAAUGCUGGACAAGUAUUCCAUUUAUCAUUUUAAAAAUGAUUUAAUACUGUUUUGUUUGAAUGCUGUCUAAUAGAUUAUUUGGCUCUAAUGUGUAAAGUUUUAAGUCUGUUAACCAAGCAAAAGCAAUAUUUUCAAAACUCUUAAUUAGCAAAAACUGUACAAGUUAUAUAUUUUAUAUAAUUAAACUAAGAAUUUCAGAUUCAUUAUCUAGCAGAAAAUCCAUUAAUGACGGUAGAAAAUUGGUUAAUUAAAGUGUUGAUCGCUUUUCAGGAUAGUUAUGUGACAUGCUCAUUGAGGCAUUCACUUUGUAAAAUCAUCCUAGAAAAGAUAUUAUCAUGGAUGUCAGGUCAUAUGCUUUCAUUAAAUCAUUAGUGAAACAAACUGAAGCUCACAGUCUCUAUUAAACCUGAACUAAAGGAAACUGAGUAUCUUUCUCAAGCCUUUAGUAUUAAAAGAGUGCCUUUUAUAAACUUCCAUAUAAAAGAACAAUUUUCAUUAUAUAUUUCAAAUGAAAAAAAAAAUUCCUGCAACUGCAACUACCAAAGAUCUUUAAUUAAUUUAAUUAGGAUAUGACUAGCGAAUUAGAAUUAGUGUAUGUCUUGCUGGAAAUACUAUUUGAUACUGCCAAAACAAAUAUAACAAAACUCAAAGCUGUACAUUUGCUCUCCCUUUUCUAGUAAUGUAAGAGUAGUUUUGAACAACUUGGUGCUUCCUGUUGUGGAUCAGAAAUAGCAUAGCACGAAAUAUGCAAGGGUUAUAUCGUGCUACAAAACUUUUGUGUUAUUUUUAACUUUGUCUAGAAAUUAUUGCUUCAUGUUAUUUCUAGAACAUUGAUCAUGAAUAUCAUCAAUGUUAAGGAAUACAUUACAUUAUUUAUUUAAGAAUGCAGAGCAUUGUUUCAAUUUAUCUGUUAUUUAGUGCUAUAAAAUGUUUUCCAUAAGGUGUAGGAUUUAUAACGGAAGAUGGGAAAUCAAAUUUUAGAUGCAAAAAAAAAAAAAAAUGGUUUGCGUGGAGCUUGUAACCUGACAUAUGCAUAUACACUGUUUCUUUAAACUAUUUUCUAAUUUAUUUAUGGUAUAUCCAUGAAACUGUAGUCGUUUCACAUAUUCUAUGUAUGUAUUAAAAUGACAGCAGAACUUUAUCACUGGUUUUAAACAAUACUGUGAUCUUAAACGUAUGAUGAAUCAACUUCCUUAUAUAAUGGCGUUUGUUUGUUUCACAUUUUAAGCAGAUCUUCCUGAAUUGUUGGUGCUUUGUGAUAAAACUGAUUGUAGCACAAAAAUUGCCAGAUGUGAAUAUAUGAAACUCACUUGUGGCUUUUUAGUAUUUAAACAUAUUUUAUUUUAGUUUUUGUUUUAAUACUUUACUAACAACAUAAGACUCUGAAAGAAAUGGAUGAGUUGUUUUCACAAAUAAUGCGGGAGAUUUAUCAGAAAAAAAAAGGUUUCUGAAUUUUUUGGCAUUAUAUAUGCAUGUAUAAAGUGCAUGAAACACCGCAUGCGAAUAGUGCUAUCUUUGCAAAUUAUGGAUUGAAUUUUUUUCAGGCUUUACUGUAAGCUAUAAAUUAGGCUUCUAGUUCCUGAUAAACUGUAUUUCGCUAGUAAGAUAGAAUGCCGUUGAAUUAAUAACUGCAUAAUGGUUGAAUUUAUUGACUGCUGACCACUGUUGAAACGCUUAUAAAAAUUAUUGCUAUUUCAUAUCUUCACUUGGAAGAUCAACAAUGUCUAGUAAAAUUCCAGCCUUUGUUUUUUAUUCAUAAAAUUAGAGAUCAUUUAAUGAAAUAGAUUAGAGGAUGCAAUAAAUGUUUUUAAAAAACUGGAUAACGUUCUCAAAAAGGGUAAAGUAUUUAGAAUUUUCUUUUUACUUAAAAGACUUGGAAUAAAUUAUUGGAGAAUCAACCGGCAAUUACGCUGUGAUACUUUUAGUAUUUUCUCUCGCAAAGCGAAAUUUUUAUGACACGUCACAUAUCAUUUAUGGCUUAAUAUUUUAUGAACUCGGAGAUAAUGCUUUUUAAAUAUGCUACAAAUCUAAUAUACAUUUUAUAAAAUUUAAUUUCAAGGCUUUAAGGCAAAAAGUAAAGUAAAUGCUAAUUAUGCGCUUCAGAUACAAACUUAUACCCAUUAAGCUUUUCAAAAUAAACUCAGAAGCAUUAUUACAUCAAUUAAAUUACUUUCAAUUUAUUAAUUAAAUUACUUUUUAAAUGACAUACUUUAUGUGUUCGCCCAUUUAGAAAGUGAAUUAUGAAGUUUCAGUAAAGAAAGCUGAAUACACAGUAAUAGACCAUUUUCGUAAAUUAUUUUCUUUAAAAUAAGUAUCGACAAAUAAAGCAGGGAAACAUGAAGCAUUUAGCAAUGAAAGAAUCUACUCGUAGAUGACUCGUAGAUGACUAGCUAAAUAUGCUACAAAUCUAAUAUACAUUUUAUAAAAUUUAAUUUCAAGGCUUUAA